AUGGGCGUCGAACGAAACUUUGCUGGAGAUCCUCAUGCUCUACAUGGACAUUGGGGACCGCCAUCGAGCGUGGCCAAUUUCUGCGAAGAAGACUACGCCGUCACCUACUAUAUAGGCGAAUUCGUCAACACCUUUACCAACCUCGCAUAUGUGUACUGGGCGAUUCAUGAACUCGGGCCAGGAGAAAGUCUGCUGUCGACCACGGCAUUCCCCAACCUGGCUUUAUUCUUCGUGGGGGUGACCUCGUUCAUCUUCCACCUGACGCUGAAGUACGCGACGCAACUCGGCGACGACCUUUCCAUGUUCUGGGUCUGCGCCGCCAUCAUCUACGAACUGUAUACCGUCGAUCGACCCACCAAGGUGAAAGUGGCGGUCGGAUCUGCACUCACCGCAGUCCUGGGCACCAUCAGCGCGAUCCACUGCACUUUGUACCAACUCUGGCUUCACAAUUGGACGUUUGUCAUCCUGGUGACGGCCAUCUGGCCACGAGUCUUGUAUCUGAUCAACCGGAAGUUCCAGGGCGCGGACAAGAGAUACUGGCUUCACAAGUUCCGCGUCGGGGGAAUUUGCUUCCUCGCGGGAUUUGUGGUGUGGCUGAUCGAUGGAGCUGCAUGUGGCUGGCUUCGGGACACGAGGAAGAUUCUCGGCAUCCCAUGGGCCUUUGUGUUGGAGUUACAUGGAUGGUGGCAUAUUCUGACUGCUGUGGGUGCCGGGUAUUGCGUCCGGGUUACUAAGAAACUGACGAGAACAUCAUCGUGA